UUAUUCUUGCCAGUCUAAAAACAAAACACAUGCAUCACGCAUCUCAUCGCUGAUACCAAACGAGUCACACUCUACUCUACUCUUCAAAUGCUCACAGCUCUUUGGGGUUUUCUGUCAUUACGCUGUCGCUACUGCUGCUGUUUUGGUUGUCUGUGGUCGUCGUAGUCAUCGUUGCAGCGCCUGUCAUCGUUCACUUUGCCAUAUUCAAUUAAAAAUGGAUUAAAAAACAUUCAGUUAAAAUAAACAUAGCACUCAGUUAAUAGGAAUUAAGUACCAACAACUACAAAAAAAAUCCCAAAUGAACUCUUCUAAACAAUUUGUACUAACAUUUGUGUUAUUGCUGUUUUUAUUGAUUGCCAUACCGCCAAAAAGUGCGCGAGUAAAGUGUAGCCGAGUGAAAAGAGUUGGGAAUAACAAGGUGGGAAAUAACAACAAUGAAUUGGAAAUCCAGAAUGUAAACAAGAUUGAUGACGACAACUCGACGGGAUUUUUGCAGGGAGAACUCCCUUUAUGUACUGAGGAUGAGGCAUGCCCCAAUGGCUAUUGCCACAAUGAGACUGGACAAUGUAUGUGUCAUGCCGGCUUUAAAUGGGAUAUAGCCAGAAAGCACUGCCUACCCAUAUGCGAAAUCAAUUGUGAUCAUGGCCAAUGCCUAAAAUCUCCCCGUAGCUGUGAAUGCGAUACAGGUUAUGAGUUCAAUGUCAUCUCUAAGAAAUGUAAACCUGUUUGCAAAUCCCAGUGUACAACAGCAAAUAAUUCAAAUCCCAAUUGUAAACGAAUUUGUUUGUCAAAAUGUAUAAGUGGAAAAUGUUUUUCACUACACCACCGCGAUCGCCAUCAUUACUACCAAAACGUAUCGAUAAACUGUAAUGCUAACUGUGGAUUUGGUGAAUGUUUAGAACCGGGUGCCCUGUGUCAGUGUUAUGAGGGAUAUGUUUUAAACCAAGUCACCCAGCUGUGUGAACCCAUGUGCCAACCAAGAUGUCCCAGACAUAGUAGAUGUGUUCUGCCCAACGUUUGUGAAUGUAAUCCAGGUUUCGGCAUUGAUCCUCUUAGCAGGCGGCGUUGCAAACCCCUUUUCAGUAAAGUAUUUACAUAUAGUGCGGCUCUAGGUCAGCGUAAUUGGGAAAACUCAAUACAGUUGGAUAAAAUUAUACAAAUUGCAAAUAAAACAACUUGGAAAAGUUGUUCGCCCGGUUAUGUGUUGAAUGCAGAUACCUUAAAAUGUCAACCCAUGUGCCAUAAUAAUUGCCUCAAUGGCAAUUGCUCCUCACCAGAUGUGUGUGUUUGUUCGAGUGGUUAUUCGAUGAACAAUACAACGUUUUCAUGCCAACCGAAUGCCUGUAGAAUACCCUGUUCACACGGUUAUUGUACACCAGAUGGUGAUUGCAUUUGCUCGGAAGGCUACACUAAGUCCAUUAUACGAGGAUCUGGUUGUGAACCAUUGUUUAAUCAUACCUUAACAGUUGUAUUUAUUUUUGUUUGUAUCAUGACAAUAAUGCUUGUUAUCAUAUGCCUGAUAGCUGUUGCCGAACGACGACGUAGACGUCGAUUUCUUUAGUACGGUUUGUGGUGGAGUGUCGUAUUUUAUUUUUAUACCUAUCCAUCCACCUACCUACCUAUAUUUUUGUUUUGCUAAGUUUGUUUACACCUAAAUAUUUAGUGUAUGUACAUACAUAUUUAGAGUUAAGUGAAGUUGUUGUAUUCUCUGUAUUUGAAUAUGAAAUAAAAUUUUUGAUAUGA